AGCUUCCCGCAGCUGAAAGUCAGCAUCGAUCCGUCGCCACUCCCCCAGUAGGAAGGGCGCAGCAAGCUGGCUAGCUGCACUCGGCAAGAACGAUGGCUGUGAACCUCAGCAAAAACGGGCCCGCGUUAACAGCCGCCUAUAAAGAAGUUGUGGAUGAAAAAUCCGACACGAACUGGGCCUUGUUCACCUACGAGGGUAACAGCAACGACAUCCGCCUGGCAGAAAAAGGAGAUGGCGGACUGGAGGAGCUGGUCGAGGAGCUCAACAGCGGAAAAGUGAUGUACGCUUUCUGCCGGGUCCAGGAUCCCAACUCUGGUCUGCCUAAAUAUGUUCUCAUCAACUGGACCGGAGAAGGUGUAAAAGACGCGAGGAAGGGGUUAUGUGCGAACCACGUCAGCGCCAUCGGCAAUUUCCUUAAGGGGGCCCACGUCACCAUUAAUGCCAGAGCCGAUGAGGACGUGGAGCCUGAGGCGAUCAUGCAGAAGGUGGCCAAAGCUUCAGGAGCCAAUUACAGCUUCCACAAAGAAGCCUCCAACCGUUUCCAGGACAGCGGUCCCCAGGGGCCCGUGGGUUCAGUGUACCAGAAAACCAACGCCAUGUCAGAAAUCAGGAAGACCAAUAAAGACAACUUCUGGGCACAGGCUGAGAAAGAAGAAGAGAAACGUCGCCAGGAGGAGCGUCGCAAGGCUGAGGAGGAGCGUCAGAAGCUGGAAAGGGAGAGGAAAGACAGAGAGACCAAGGAGGCGAUGCUGAGGGAGAAAAGGGAUAAGGAAAGAGCUUCUGAAAUCGAUCAACAAAAGAAAUAUCAGCAGAAGCUGGAAGCUGACAGCAAAGAGCAGGAAAAGCAGCGCUGGGAGGAGCAACAGCAGGAUGCAGCCGGAGCGAAAGCAGUCAGGAGAGGGGACUCUGUGGAGAAAGCCAAUGACGCAGCUUCCCUCAUCUCGCAGCGUGCUGUGAACCCCAGGGAGAUGUUCAAGCAGAGGGAGCGAGGACUAACUCCCAGUGACUCCGAUGUGCCCUCUGCUGCCCCUGAUAACCCUCAGCCAGGGCGACUUCAAAGCCCUUUUCUGUCUAAGCAAGCGUACGAAUCUGAGCGAGCCAGCUCACCUCCUCGCCAAGCUUCUCCUUCUCCUGUGCCAGCAGGAGCCGCCUCUGUUGUCCGUGCCACAGAACCAGAUUUGAAUGAACCGGAUGAGCAGUCCACGUUUGAGAAUGAUGAGCAGGAGACUCCUCCCCAGGAACAAAGUAAAGAGAGGGCACCAGCUGCUAACCCGAGCGUUGAAGAAACACCGUAUGAGGAGACAGCCCAGGUGGAGGAGAGUAACUCCUAUGAAAUGACUGUAGAGGAAACGACAGACAGAGGCAUCUGUGCAAGAGCGUUAUACGACUACCAGGCGGCCGACGACACGGAGAUCUCCUUCGAUCCAGACGACAUCAUCUCCGGAAUCGAGAUGAUCGACGAGGGCUGGUGGCGAGGAUACGGCCCAGACGGCCACUUCGGCAUGUUCCCGGCCAAUUACGUGGAGCUCAUCUAGCGCAGCGCUCCCGCCGCGUCGGUCUCCGAGGACUUGCGCAGUGAAAAAAAAAAAAAAAACGUAUAGCAGUGCUCACACACUCUAGAUCAGGCUGAACAAAGAGUCUCACCAUCCCGGACCAAUGAGCAUGGUAACCGCGGGCCAGAGGUUUUUGAAAUCUCCCUUUAUUUCAAGAACGGAGUUCCUGUAGAUUGUCGAUACUGUAAGCAGCUGAUGGCAUAGUUUAUGGAUUUAUGAAGACCGAUAGACCAAAAGUUUCCUCGUCCCAUCUCUGAGAAAAGAAGUGUAUUUAUUUGUGAUGCAGUACAACAUCAAGUUUUUAAGUCUUAAUUUCAGUUGAGCGUAAAUAACAGCACUUCUAGUUCAUAAACCUUCAAAAGUGGCUUCUGUUGGAUUUCAGGUAUAUUUGAUGUAGUUGUAGCAAUUGUUCCUUCCCAUUUCAGAAGAAAAGAUGACGGUACCUAAUACGGACUAAUCAUCUUGCCUUGUUUUUCGCCUUCUUAUACCGGCAGACUAAAUUAUCCAUUUUUUUUUUUAUGUGACUGAACCUGUAUCGUGUGUGUAUUUUUCUUUUUUUUUAUAUAUAAUUUUCUGACAGUGGUACAAGUGAAUAUUUAAACCAACAGAUGAUGUUUGCUGUGCUCUGGCAGUGCACAAAAUGGUUAAGUUCCUUUUUUCUAAACUGUGAGUAAAUAGCAAUUUCCAUUUCGAGUCCUUCCUCAUUUUCGGCCGCAUAAUUUCAACGUGUGUAACUUUUCAGGGAAAAGCUGGAGAAGAACAUAAACGUCAGCUUUUUGUUUCUGUGUUAGUGGAUCCUCGCCGGGCUCAAGUUGAAUCUGAGCGCGCAGCAGAUAUUGCUGUGCCACACGGAGGGUUGUGAGUGCAAUGGUUGGCGUUUUGAUCAAACAUUUCAUCAGGCUUUACAGCAGACUAUAUGCAACUUCAUUUUUUAUUUUUUUUUAAUCAUGCAAAAAGGCUUCAGUCAGUUGAUCUAUAAGUCAAUUGAUCAUGCAUAGAAAAAGGGCGUUGUUUUAAUGCUUUUUCAUGUUUGUUUUUCCACUGUACUGUGCUGCAGAGAUUCUUGAUAAUAAAAGAAGUAAGCAAAA